AGUGUCUCGGGGCUCCAAGAGGGACCAGGCAGUCCUGAAACAGUUUACCCAGACUAUGGACGUCAUAUUUGGGGCUGCCAUCGGCGGAGCAGCGGGGGUCAGGCUGGGAGCCUCUAUCUCUCCUCUCUUCUCUGCUUCAUGUCCUCUUCUCUUUCUCUGAGGGCAGCGGAGGAACUUCACCGGCAGCUCCGGAGUAGCGCGGCCGGCCGGGAGUCUGUCUGUCGGGGUGUGUUUGAGGGAGGCGGGGGUGAAGAUGCGGAGCAGACCGCUGGUGACCUGAACUUCCUUCCUUUCCUUCCUGGCUGCUUCAGGCGUCAGGACCUUGCCCAUUCAGCAUAAUGCCACACUUCCCCGCCACCAAAAAAUCAAGUAAGACCAGUCCAGAGCCGCGGCGGGAGCUGGGAGCGGACGCAGCGGGCAAAAUGCGGACUGUGAGCCCGGUCUGAGCGCAGCAGUCUGCGGAGAGACGAGCCUAACGGGGCUGGAUGUGCAGCGGCAAGACUUUCUGCUUUACUGAAGGUUUCUGGAUCCAAAUGUCAAGUCAGAGAGAACCUUUGUUGUUGUGGAACCACCAGUGUGUGACGUGAAAGGAAAGGAAGCAAGGAAGAGGACGUCCAAUGCUAAUCCUCCGGUGUGUUGUACAUGGCUCUGUCAGCCUCGAGUGCCGUGAAGAGAGCUCUACCCGGUGGUAAAAAAAGAAGAGAGGGUGAAAAUGUGAUGAACUUUACUAAUGUUUCCCAGCUCAAUUAUGGACAGUGGCUGGUGAAGGAAUCAUAUUGCUAAAUGAGACCGUUGCUAUUGUGUCGGGGAGCUUAGGACAACUAAUUACCAAGGGAUUACUCAAGGCCUUCUUCAGCACCAGGCUGGACAUGCUGGUGUUAUUAAGCAACAUCCGAAAUCCAAUGACUGUUCUGUUGGAUUUUUUUGAAUCCUAAUUUCUUCUAAUUUCUUUUUUUUCUGAUCCGUUUGAAAUGGAGAUACAGUGGCGUUUGUGGAAUAAGGACUGGGCCUCCUUUAUACGGCCGUGGAUACCUAUACUGUUAGGCCUUCACCUCCAGUUCUCCCGGGCCUCCAACUGUCCCGAGGAGUGCCGCUGUGAUCGCACCUUUGUUUACUGCAACGAGCGGAGCCUGACCUCAGUGCCUCUGGGAAUCGGUGAAGGUUAUAAGACCCUUUACCUUCACAACAACCAAAUCAAUAAUGCUGGUUUUCCCUUGGAGCUCCAUCACGUGGCUUCAGUGGAAACUGUGUUUCUCUAUGGCAACCAGCUGGAUGAGUUCCCCAUCAACCUGCCCAAAAAUGUAAGGGUUCUCCAUCUACAGGAGAACAACAUUCAGACCAUCUCCAGAGCGGCUCUGGCUCAGCUUCUUUGGCUGGAGGAGCUACAUUUGGAUGAUAACUCCAUUUCUACUGUAGGUGUGGAGGAAGGGGCCUUCCGUGAGGCCAUAAGCCUGAAGAUGCUCUUUCUCACCAAAAACCACAUGAGCAGUGUGCCUAUUGGUCUUCCAGAUGAUCUAAAAGAGUUGCGAUUGGACGAGAACCGGAUUGCGGUUAUCGCAGAAGAAGCAUUUAGUAAUGUCACCCGCCUGCAGCGCCUCCUGUUGGACGGGAACCUGUUGACGGAUGAAGGGAUUGCACCAGGGACCUUUCAGAACCUGGUCACCCUUAGGGAGCUGUCCCUGGCCCGCAACUCGCUCACAUACCCUCCCCCGUUCCUCCCAGGGGAGGUGCUCAUCAAAUUAAACUUUCAGGAAAAUCAGAUAAACGGGAUCCCUGCCAGGGCAUUCGUAGGGUUGCACAAGCUGGAGCGGCUGGAUAUCUCUAACAACCAGCUGCAGUCGCUGACCGAGGGCGUCUUCGAUGGCCUCGUCAGUCUCAGACAGCUCACUGUUCGUAACAACCCUUGGCUGUGCGACUGCAGCAUCCAAUGGGUGGUGUCGUGGCUUAAAUCUCUGCCGGCCUCGCUCAACGUGCGCGGCUUCAUGUGCCAUAAACCCGAAAAGUUCCGAGGCAUGGUGAUCAGAGAGCUGAGUGCCGAGCUGGUCCAGUGCCCGCAGAGCACAGCGAUGCCAACGCUGUCCACUUCACCGGCUGACACUGCAUUGAUCCCAUCCCUGCCAUCCUCCUCAGACUCCCCCCUGGUCACUCAGUUUGUUUCCUCCUCUUCCUCCAGGCAGCCCUUUCCCACAUUUCCAACACUCUACCCUGUCUACUCAACCAGAGAGGGGGGGUUGAGGACUAAGCAACCUCUGGACCCCAGGAGGGAAACUUUGCAGGUCACGUUUGCCAUACUGAAUGGAUCGGCUAUCCACGUCAGCUGGGUGGCCGCUUUUCCAGUCACUGCCUACAAGGUGACCUGGGCCAGGAUGGGCCCCAGUCUGACAGGGGACACCGUCAGGGAGAGGAUGGUGGGUGGGAAACACCGGGGGAUCCGACUGGCUAACCUUGAGCCAAAGUCCACCUAUCGGAUCUGUGUCAUUCCCUUGGAUGCGUUCAAUAAUUACCGGCCCAAAGAUGAUACCGUGUGCACCGAGGCCAUGACCACAGCGGCCUCUUUCAGCCCCGACAACAACAAAAGACCGUCGGGGCCGGAGCAGGCCACACAACAGGAACCCAGCUCGCCUUUCUUGCUCGCUGGGCUGAUUGGCGGGGCCGUGAUUGUGGUGCUGGUGGCACUCCUCAGCAUCUUCUGCUGGCACAUGCACAAGAAGAGCCGCUCCAAGUCCUCCACCAAGUGGAAAUACAACCGGGGUCGGAGAAAAGAUGACUAUUGCGAGGCAGGCACCAAGAAAGAUAAUUCCAUCCUGGAAAUGACUGAGACUAGCUUCCAGGUAGUCUCACUUAACAACGAACAGCUCCUCAAGGGAGAUUUCCACAUUCAGCCUAUUUACACCCCUAAUGGGGGCAUCGGCUUCCGAGACUGCCCCCUGGAGAAUAACAGCACAGUUUACUGCAAGAACAAUGUUCAGGAUGCAGACUUUUGUGGCAAAUGAUGAUUUUGGAGAGCAUCAGGAGCAUUUUUACUGACAACUACACACACUUUACUAGACACUGUACAGUGUUAAUAGUAUUUGAAAACCUUGUGUCUUUAAGAAAUGUAAUUUAUACAACUAACUGGACAGUACGUUUUAUAAAACAACAUUGGAUUUAUAAGUUAUUGGUUUGGGGAGUUGUGCUGUUUGAGUUCUGUGCACACAGACAUGUACAAUCAGGAUUCAUUUAUUCCCAAGUAUUAUGGCUGGGUUUCAGUUUGAUUUUCAGUAAUAGUGAAUGAUUUUGAAGUCAUUGUAUACUGUAACCACGGCAGACACAGAAUCCACGAAACCAGCUGGUCGAUAUUCUGUAUGAGAGAAGGAGAAAAGAGACAGGCACAAAUCAGCCACACUCACCACUAGAAGGCAUAGUUUUCUGGAAACCAUACAGACCACAACACUCUUCUUGUGACUGUUUUCAAUCUAGUCACCACAGUUAUAUGGAACAUUUAUUUAAUUGCCGCUACAGUCAAUAGAGAUGCAAAUUAUUAGAUCCUGCCCUAGGAAGAGGACACAUUUUUAUGCAAAUGGGAUCUGUCUCGCUUCACAAGGAAAGGUAAAGGUCACACUCAUUAAACAUUCACAGAAAGGGGCAGGGCGCUGUGCUUUCGCCUGCUUUCCAAGAUUAAUACAUUACCACAGUUAAGGGGUCAUGUUGUUUGAUGGUGGGUGUCACAGAGUGAGCACCAAAGAAGCACAUCUGCCAUCUACUGUAAGUUUAACCCAUUAAGAACCAACUCUUUUCCCUUUGUUCAGCAAAACUAAUGUUAUGGUAAAAUAGUAUAUAUAUAUGUGCCUUGAAGUUAUCAGCUUACAAUGUCUUUUGAAUCCAUGUUUUUUGCACAAAAGGUGUACUGUAUAUAUACAUUCAUUUGAAUUGUUGUUGAGGAAAUCUCUUGUACCUGAUUAUUUAUUUAUCUGGUUACACAUUUAAUUAAAAACAUAUCUCCAAAAGUAAA